AUGGAAGCAUCACCCCCUACUUCCUUCAACCACGUUGCUGCCAUACCUUAUCCUGCACGAGGCCACAUCAAUCCCAUGAUGAACCUAUGCAAGCUCCUUGUGUCCAACAACAACAACAUCCUCGUCACCUUCAUUGUCACCGAAGAAUGGUUAAGCUUCAUCUCCUCCGAACCAAAACCCGACAACAUAAGCUUCCGAACUAUCCCUAACGUUGUUCCUUCUGAACUCAUUCGCGGCCGCGACCAUCCUGCCUUCAUAGAAGCUAUCAUGACAAAGAUGGAGGAACCCUUUGAGGAGGUACUAAACCUACUUGACCUCCCUCCUUCAAUCAUUUUGUACGACACUUUCUUGUAUUGGGCUGUUGCCGUUGGAAACCGAAAGAAUAUACCAGUAGCAUCGUUUUGGACAAUGUCUGCUUCUGUAUUUUCUAUUUUGUUGCACCAACAUCUUUUGGAACAAAAUGGUCACUACCUUGUGAAAUUUUCAGAAAAUGGAGAUGAACGUGUAAAUUAUAUUCCUGGAGUUUCCUCAACGCGCUUAGCUGAAUUACCAUCUUUUCAAACCAAACGAAUGAUGCAGAUGCUUUUGAAAGGUUUUCAAUGGAUUCACAAAGCACAGUAUCUUCUAAUUUCUUCAAUUUAUGAGCUAGAAUCUCAAGCAAUUGAUACCUUAAAAUCAAAAUUGUCCAUACCAGUUUACACAAUUGGUCCUACCAUACCAUACAUUAGCCUAAAAAACAAUCCCAAACUAAAAACUAAUAAUAGCUACAUUGAGUGGCUAGAUUCACAACCAAUUGGUUCUGUUCUUUACAUAUCACAGGGAAGUUUUUUUUCAGCUUCAAGUAAACAAAUUGAUGAAAUUGCAAGAGCUUUAUGUGAAAGCAAUAUUCGAUUUUUGUGGGUAGCACGUAAUGAAGCUUCUAGGUUGAAACAAAUUUGUGGGAAUAUGGGAUUGGUUUUGGAAUGGUGUGACCAAUUGAGAGUGUUGUCACAUUCUUCUAUUGGUGGAUUUUUGUCACAUUGUGGUUGGAAUUCUAGUAAGGAAGGUGUUGUUUGUGGAGUGCCGUUUUUGACUUUUCCAAUUACUGUUGACCAACCAUUUAAUAGUAAGAUGAUAGUAGAGGAUUGGAAGGUUGGAUUGAGAGUUAAAGAAAAUGUGAAUGGAGAUGUUUUGGUGAAGAAAAGUGAAGUUGUAAAAUUAGUGUGUGAAUUUAUGGAUUUGGAUAGUGACCUUGCAAAGGGUAUUAGGGAAAGAAUUAGAAAGCUUAAAAAGAUAUGUUGGGAUGCAAUUGGAGAUGGUGGCUCAGCAGACAUUGAUUUGAAAGCCUUAAUUGGUGAUAUAAUAACGUAUUCUUCAAAGUUCACACAUGCUUAA